AUGUCGACUGUUACGCCAUCAAGCAGACGCAUUCUUGUUACAGGAGCCAACAAAGGUAUUGGCAAAGCUAUCUGCGAGCGCCUUUUGCAAGAAUGGGACGACACGUAUGUACUGUUGGGGUCUCGAGACUUACAACGAGGAGAAGAAGCCAAAGCCGACUUGAUCAACUCUUUGGGGGAUUCCUGCAAGGAUCGUUUGCAGGUGAUCCACUUGGAUACGUCAUCGGAUGAAUCAGUUCAAAAAGCUGCCGAAUCAAUUUCGGGAGAUGACAAGUUGUACGGCAUAAUCAACAAUGCUGGUAUUGGCUUUGGGAGAUCCAUGGAAGAAACGGUCAAUACCAAUUACUUCGGUCCCCGGCGCGUCAAUGAUGCCUUCGGAAAGCAUCUGAAACGACCUGGUGGUCGUAUUGUGAACGUUUCGUCGGCUUCCGGUCCAAUCUUUUUGCAAAACCUGAGUGACGCCAGUUUGAAAGGCAAGUUGAACCAAGCUUGGACUAUUCCUGGUGGACUCGAGGAGCUCGAUACGAUCGCUCGCACGAUAAAGGGUGGAAACGAAUACGGAGCUAGCAAAGCCUUGUUGAACGCAUACACUUUUCUGUAUGCCAAGGCAAAUAAGGAUCUUAUCAUCAAUGCGAUAACGCCUGGUUACAUCAAAACGGAUUUGACCGCUGGUUCAGGCGCUUCCAAUCCUCCGUCGAAAGGGGCAGUGCCCCCAUGCUGGCUCAUGAUGGACGAAGACGUUGCCCAUCAACCGACGGGUCGCUACUAUGGUAGCGACUGUGUUCGGUCACCGAUGGACUGUUACCGAGGACCUGGCGAGGAACCGUACGUGAACAAUGAUGAUUUAGUCGAGGUUUCCAAAAAUUAGAAUAUGCCAAGCAUACAGGACAAAGGCCAUAGCAAUAAAAGCUUGUCUUAUAUAGACGUAGAAAUUAGGGAAUU